AUGAACAAGAAUAUGUUAUAUGGGAUUUUGCUCAUAAAUUCCAAAGUAACAUUAUGCAUUGUGGUAGUUGAAAUUCCCACCUUUUUUAGAUCUAUUUUUUCUUUUUUUCUAUUCUCUACAUUGCUAAAUAUUAGUUUGUGUGUUUAUUUCCUUUAUUUUGAUCCUCCAACACUCCAUGUGCAUCAAAAUUUCAACCUCUUUUAUUGCUGCUUUUCUGGCUGGAAUAAAAGAAUCUAUCUUUUAUUAUCUAUUAAAGAGUGCUAUUGUUCUAAUAAUCAUGCAUGUAAGGUUCUUCUCUUCUGGCAUUGCAUGUGCAGCAAUCACCUCUGCCCACUUCAUUUUUCUUUUGUUUUUUUAGCCUCUCUUCACUUUUAAACUACGCAUCAUCACACAACCUUAUCACUUUUCUUUUUGUAUGUAUAUAUAUAUGCCUCUCAAUUACCAAUAGUUUUAAUAAUUAAUGUCAUAAAGAAAACACCUUCUUACAAUUGAUAAUAUCAGCCACAAUGAACAAAACUGUACCUUGUAGCCGAUCCUGUGAGGACUCUCUUAGAAGAUAUGUGCAGUUUGCAAGUGAAAGUUGCAUACAAGAGUUAUUAGCAGCUUCAGAUACAAACAGAGGAAAUAAUGAUGGAUGGAAAGUACUUAAUCUUGACAAUGGAGUAGAGAUAUCAAAACGUAGGUCAGGUUCACUUCACACUUUUCGCAGCCGUUGGAUACUUGGAUCUGUCUCUCCACAACAAUUCAUCACUGUUGCUAAUGCCAUUGAUGCUGCAAAGCAAUGGGACUCUGAUUUGGUGGAAGCAAGAUACAUAAAAGAAAUUGAAGACAACCUCAGCAUAAUUCGUCUUAGGUUUGGAGAAAACUCCAAGCCACUGUUCAGGAAUAGAGAAUUCAUUGUCUAUGAGCGACGUCAAACCAUGGAAGAUGGCACUGUGGUAGUAGCAGUUGCUUCAUUGCCAAAGGAGAUAGCUGCUGGAUUACAUCCUAAGCAAAAUAAUGCAAUAAGAGGACUAUUGCUACAAUCAGGAUGGGUAGUAGAGAAGCUUCAAGAUAAUUCAUGUGCUGUUACUUAUGUUGUUCAGUUGGAUCCUGCAGGGUGGCUUCCCAAGUGUUUUGUGAAUCGAUUUAAUACAAAACUGGUUAUGAUUAUUGAAAACCUUAGAAAAUUAGCACAAGCAUGUCCAAGUGAAGGUCAAAAUUGACCACUUUGUAAAGUUGCAAGGAGAGGGGAAUGUGACCAUUGACCAAGCAAGCACACUAUUAAUGGCCAUUCAUAUUAUUUACUUACUAUUUAUAGAUUAUAUAGAUAAUAAAUAAAUAGAAUCAAAUUGAUAAUGCCAAUUAAUUUUAGCAAUGCAAUGCACUUAUCGCAACUCACGA